GUCAACUGAAUAGACAACAUGUAAAAUCGAAAGCGAUAAAUGAAUAGGUCGAGGUAUAGGUGGAUAGCAUAUAUAUAUAUCAAUGUAAAGUGUUCCCAAUUUCGCUUUUGAGAGGGCUGCGCCGAAUGACAAGGCAGUAGCACGGGACUCCCGAUGAAUAAUUGACGGGGACAAGGCGCAUGCGCAAAAUACAGUCCCACAUAUUACAUUUCCACCCAACCUUACACCAUAUAUCAGUGAUAGAAAACUUCGCGCUAAUAAAAUAUAUUUCCGACAAUCUGUUAACGACUUAAUAUGCACGUGUUAUAAAUAUUAAAGACGGGAGUGUGUGUUUUAUAUAAAAUGCAAGCGGGGGGGCCGGAUAGCACUGCGGUCUCUGAGGCCCCCAGCAGUGGCAGCGAAGAUUCGGACUGCGACCAGGUUCCCGAGGGUGAUCCCGACGCAGCCCUAACCGAGGAAUGGGCGAGAGAGUUGCUUCUAGCAUCGGGCGUGGCCAACCCUCACGAGAUCCGUGUUGAGUCUCAGGCUGGAGUCGCCGGAGCUCUGAGCCGGGUACUAGCUGUUACUGUUCGAUACGACAGCGACGGUGAAAGUCAGUGUUUACCGCUAGUAGUGAAGCUGCCACCAAGAGACCCAUUCGGCAGGCUUUUUGUUGCAGAAGCUCAGUUCGACACAAGAGAGAUUCUAUUUUAUACUGAACUGGCACCAGCACUUAAUAAAUUGGCAGAAGAUGCCCUAGGGCCAGGACAAGGCCUGCCUGUACCCAAAUGUAUCAAAGCUCGAUUGCCAGAUGAAAUCGGCGGUGACAGCGAACUGGUUUUGGAAGAUGUGACAGCUGUUGGCUUCGAAUCGGCUGAUUUCGCAGAGGGCUUGACGGUGGAACGCGCUCGCUCGGCUCUGAACGCUGCAGCACGACUCCACGCACUAUCACUGGCGCUACGAGAGAGGGAAGGCCCACUGGAUCAAAGAUUCGACUUUCUCUUCCCGUGCGAAAGAGCUGCUGCCGGCUACUUAAGACUAGUGAGACGGGGCUUGCCCCAACUUGAAGCGUUCCUAAGAGGACGGACGGAUUGUAUCGAAGAAGCAGCAGCGGUAUCAGCUUUAAGUGCGCGAGCACCCUCUCUAUUGGAAACAUUACUACGACCAGCUGAACCGGCACCAUUAGCCCACGCCGAUUUUUGGAGUGGCAACCUGUUGUUUAGGGAGAUUAAUGGUGAAAGUGAAUGUAUUGCUCUGGACUGGCAAAUGGUAUCUCUCGGGAGGCCCAUGGAUGAUGUCGCACUCCUGCUGCUAUCGUCUCUCACUCCAGAAAUGAGGAGAGCCUAUGGAGAUACUUUGAUAGAGGAUUAUGGCAACAAAUUAGAAGCGGAGUGUGCUAGAUUGGGAGUCACUUCAGCUGGUGCUGUGGUAAGAAAAGGAUUAAAACCCGACUGGCCCAGGGCGGCAUUGCGUGCUUUACUGUUAUGCGCUGGGAGCGUUGAUGUAGCUUUGGGGGAACCUCGAGCUGAAAGACGGUUACUCGAAGCUGUUCGCGAUCUACACGCACAGGGAAUCCUUGCACUCAAAGCUGACACAGACGCGUGAGAAUGAUAAUAAGUGCCAACCAUAAUGAUCUUAAUAAUUAUUUCAAAUUAAUCGUUUAUUAAGUCCAAAACAGAAGCGUAGUUAAUCAUUUUAAUUGAAGCACAAAUAACGUCGAUGUAUUCGAGAUUGCCAAUUAUUUGUAUAAGUUAUUUUGUGACAUCAGUGAUUUCGCAUGAUAUGCUCGCGACCACAUCAAGAUAUGGAGCGAUGCUUAAUCAAAGACUGAAUUUACUUAAUUAAAUCAUGUCUAAGAUCUACGACAGAGUGGUAAAUAUUAUUGUAAGUAUACUUUUGCUCAUUGUAUUAAUCGAAUACGACAUUCAUUUCGGUCUAUUGACUAUUAUUUGAUCAAAAUAAAUUGAAUUAUUAUUGGUAUCAA